UUAGGAAGCGCGUUAGAAAAGCAAGCACGAGAGGCAACUCCACUCGGCCGUGGUUAUUCUCCGAUUAGGUAUUCGAUACUCUCUCGUCUCUGGAGCGACCAAACCCCUAAUUUUCUUCAGUCGAAAUUAUCAGAUUUCAAAUGGGUGAACAUUCACCUUCUCAACCAUCGUCACAUACUCAAACCCAAAAUCAACCGCAAUCGCCCAAACCCGAAAACCCUAAUCCAAUUCCACCGGAAACCAAUGAUAAUGAUUCAGCCUCGUCCGCCGGAGCUCCUGGCUCAAUCGUCUCAUCAACCACCAUCGAAGCACCACGGGUCACAGAAUUAGGCAAUGUAUCGUCUACGCCUUCCAAAAUCCCACUCCGUCCUCGAAAAAUCCGGAAGCUUUCACCCGACGAAGACGAUUCCGGGGCCGUAAACGCUAACAGCGACGGAUUCAAUCCGGAUCAUAGCCCUUCCCAGAUGAUGACGCCGCUCGCGACGGCUGCAAAACCUGCCUCCAAGGGUAAAUUGACACAGUCACGCGCUCUAACCGUACCAAGGAUCCACGCGAGGUCUCUCACCUGCGAGGGCGAGCUCGAAGCAGCGAUUUGCCAUCUCCGGAGUGUUGAUCCUCUGCUCGGAUCGUUAAUUGAUAUCCACCCACCACCGACGUACGAGUCAUUCCACUCUCCGUUCUUGGCGCUGAUUCGAAGCAUCCUUUAUCAGCAACUAGCGGCCAAGGCAGGGAAUUCAAUCUACACACGCUUCGUUGCCCUAUGCGGCGGUGAAAACGCCGUCGUCCCAGAGACGGUCCUGCCUUUAACCCCUCAACAGCUCCGUCAAAUCGGCGUUUCGGGCCGGAAAGCGAGCUACCUUAACGAUCUCGCUAGGAAGUAUCAAAACGGGAUAUUGUCGGAUUCUGGAAUCGUGAACAUGGAUGAGAAGUCUUUGUUCACGAUGCUAACAAUGGUGAAUGGGAUUGGCUCGUGGUCAGUUCAUAUGUUCAUGAUAAACUCUCUUCAUAGACCCGAUGUGUUGCCAGUUAACGAUCUCGGUGUAAGGAAAGGUGUGCAGAUGCUCUAUAACUUACCGGAAUUGCCUCGUCCAUCGCAAAUGGAGCAGCUUUGUGAGAAAUGGCGUCCGUACAGGUCAGUAGGGUCGUGGUACAUGUGGCGGCUCAUUGAAGCUAAAAGUACACCGUCGAAUGCUGCGUCCGUUACUGCAGGAGCUGCUCUUUCGUUUCCACAGUUGGAAGACAUUCAACAGCAACAACAACAACAGCAGCAUCAGCAACAACAAUCACAGCUUCUGGACCCACUUAAUAGUGUGUUCAGUAUCGGGGCAUGGGGCCAAACGUAGCUGGCUUCGCACCAUAAGAUGUUUCAUGGCGUUAUAGAGAUUCUUCUCCGGUCUUCAGCUACUGUCUGGUAUAAAGUCAAUUGUUCAGCAGCCAAAAAUUAAGAAUAAAGCAGGAACUUUUGUAGGUUGGGUUCCUCAAGCCAAAAAAAAAAAACUGAAAUACCAUGGAACAGAAAACUUCUUAGCUGAGUGAAGAGUAUGUAAGAAUUAGUUUAGGUAAUGAUCUUUUUAUUUAUUUUCAAUUGUUAAAGACUUGAACUCUUUUCUAAAGAAACCUCGACAGCUUUUCGUAAUUCAUCUAAAACAGGCUCC